CGGGAGAGCAGCGUGGACGUGUUUCCAUUCACUGUAGAAAGAAACACAAGCGAUUGGCGGAGGAUGAUGAGUGUCCAAUAAGAAAGAAGCGAUUGACUGAAGCUGAAUUCUCUGCAGUUGCUAACGAAUGGGUUCUUGACACACACCAGGGGAUAGACGGUCAUGGGGUAAACGCGUGUCCCGGUGGCCUUCCUGUGCCCAGCAUGCUAGAUGCUGUCUGUGAAGAGAUGGAUCAGACGGCUGCAGAACCACAGUGUGAGCUUCAGGAGAUCGAGGACAGGAUAAUUGACGAAGAUGAAGAGGUUGAAAGUGACAGGAAUGUUAGCCACCUCCCAAGUCUUGUCCUUUCUGACACCAUGAAAACGGGUUUGAAGAGGGAAUUUGAUGAAGUCUUCACAAAGAAGAUGAUUGAGUCCAUGAGCCGACCUUCUAUGGAGCUUGUGCUCUGGAAACCUCUCCCUGAACUCCUUCCUGAGAAACCAAAGCCAUCAUGUAACCCUAAGAACUACGCAGGAGAGAGCCAAAGGAAGUGUGCAGCUGCCAGCACUGCCUUUCCACAGAGAACUGAACUGCUGCUGGAGCCCCAGCACACAGACACGCCACUUUACCAUAGUCUGGAGACCACUGCUAACACAGAGGAAGAGAUGGAGCUCUAGAGACCAGUUUCUGCUCCAGCUUGGCAAGUUCUAGAAGGCUCCUGUGUUCAGUAAUAGCCUGCCUGUAUAGGAGAGGGACCUGAAAGUUUUAUGAAACGGGUGUAAUAUCUCCACCUGUGAUUUGGGGUGGGAAUGUCAUUGUGGGUAGCCAUUUAUUGAAUUCAACUUUUUGCCAAGGAAGCUUAUCUCAAGGGAAAUGCAGUUUUCUAGCAGGCUUAUCCAAGAAAUGUUACAGUCUCUUUAAAGACAACCAUAGACGCUGGAUGUGUUAUGGUGACCAUCUGUCACACUGCUGAAGCCAUUCAUUCUUAAGAUGAUUAUAAAGAGGAAUGCUCCUAAUUGCCACUGCACCCUGCCAGCCAAGUCCUGUAUGAGCUCGCAGUGGGAACUGGGCUUGGGGAGCAGGAGGGCAGAAAGUAAUGGUUCGGUCUCUCGCGGAGCAGCUGACCAGGCAAGGAAAGUCGUGUUGGCGCCAGGUCUGUGUAGCCGGUGUUCCUCAAGCAGUAAGUAGCCCUGGUCUCCUUUAAUGACUGAUGAGCUCAGUUGGUCAGUAACGUUUACACCUCAAUUAACUAAGUAAUUGAUUAAAAGUGUGAGGGAACCCUUCUGUAAACUGCCUGUGAGAGAAGUAUCUUUUCAUGAAUCCUGAGGACAUGCAGUGUCAGCUAAAGCCAGCAUUGAUAGAUAGUUUAAAAAGGGAAGGUUGUAUGUCUAUUAGCAAGUUGAGUUUUUUUAAUGUUGGUUUUGAAAACAAUGAAUUAGCUGAGAAUCAAUGGGCAAGCAUCUUAAGGAGAGUUACUGAAAUAGCUCAUUGUCUGGUGCUUAAGCUGUUGUACAAUAAGCCUAGAAGUUAAUGGAAGAUGGCCUCCUGCCAACAGGAUAUCUUUAGUCUUUUAGUACCCGAACCAGGCUCAAGGUGUUCAUUGGGAAUAACCAGGGUUAAAGUUUUUAAUUUCUCAGGAAGAGCUCUUCAGCAUGGCAGGUCCUGUAAUUGAAGGCUUGGCAAUCCUUCAGCGCUGUAGAGCAGUCUGUGUAAGCUGGGGUGAGUGUGCUGGCCCUUUUCGACAGCAGAACACCUCAUUUCAGUCUUCGUUGUCUGAGUUUCUUCUCCCUUUGUAGGGGAAAAAAGAAAGGUUUAUGCCAAGUAGAGGUGAAUUUUUAGAAACUAGCUUCCAGGCAUUUUUGCAACCCAUGCUGAAAUCCCUCCUGUGGAUGGCAUAGAAGUCACAAGUCUGUUCAGUAGACUGUCUCUUCUCUCGCCUAUUGUUCUUGCUCUCUCUAUUUCUGUCUGGAUGUCAGGAAAAGGUUUAAUGUUUAAUAUUUAAACAAAAUAUUUAUGUCUACACAAUAAAAUUACUCAAGCUUCAAA